UAUUGUCUCCGAUAUCGUUGCCAAACAUAGCCUUCGUAUGGAUUACUACUUCAUGGGAUUUACCGACUUUAACAAUGAUCCAUAUCUGAAAGAGGCAAAAGCAUGCCAUAGCAAUUCCCCAAUUCCAUUCUCUCUCCUCUCUUCUUCUUCCACAAACCCUAAUUUAAUGGCGGUUGCAGCUAUUGGUCAAAUCAAUUUGCAGGAGUUACCUUCCUAUGGCUCCCGAAGUGUCGAUUGUUUUCAGAAAUUGGAACAAAUUGGAGAAGGCACUUACGCGCAAGUGUACAAGGCUACAGAAAUUCAAACUGGGGAAACUGUUGCUUUAAAGAAAAUUAGAAUGGAAAAUGAAAAGGAAGGGUUUCCGAUUACUGCCAUACGUGAAAUCAAAAUUCUGCAGAAGCUGCAACAUGAAAAUGUAGUCAAAUUAAAAGAGAUUGUGGCUUCUCCAGGUCAAGAGAAAGAUGAGCAAGGGAGGCCAGGUGGCAUUUACAUGGUCUUUGAGUACAUGGAUCAUGAUUUAGCUGGCCUUGCCCGUUGUGCUUCGAUAUUUUCUGUUCCACAGAUCAAGUGCUAUAUGAGACAGCUUUUGAUGGGACUUCACUAUUGUCAUGUGAACAAAGUACUGCAUCGUGAUAUAAAAGGUGCAAAUCUUCUUAUAGAUAACAAGGGAACUUUGAAGCUUGCAGAUUUUGGCCUUGCUCGGUUUUUUGCAAAUGAGCAUAAUGGAAAUCUUACCAAUCGUGUCAUUACCCUGUGGUAUAGACCUCCUGAGCUGCUACUUGGCAGUACUAAGUAUGGUCCUGCUGUUGAUAUGUGGUCAGUAGGCUGUAUCUUUGCAGAGCUUCUGGAUGGGAAACCUUUAUUUUCUGGGAAAGAUGAGCCAGAGCAAAUAAGUAAGAUCUUUGAGCUGUGUGGAGCGCCAGAUGACUCCAACUGGCCUGGGGUCACAAAACUACCUUGGUAUAACAAUUUCAAACCAAACAGGCCAUUGAAGAGGCGCCUUCGGGAUCAUUUUAGACUUAGCCUUGAUCGCCAUGCUUUGGAGUUGCUGGAGAAGAUGCUGAUUCUUGAUCCUGCACAGAGGAUCUCUACCAGAGAUGCACUUGAUGCUGAGUAUUUUUGGACUGAUCCUUUGCCUUGUGAUCCUAAGAGUUUACCAAAAUAUGAAUCAUCACAUGAAUACCAGACAAAGCAGAAACGUCAAAAGCAAAGACAGCACGAGGAAGCCGCAAAACGUCAGAAACUGCAGCAUCCCCCUGUAUAUACUCGUGCUUUGCCCGUUCAGUCUGGUCAAGCCCAUGGUCAGAUGCAAGCUGGUCCUAAUCAGCCCAUGCAUGGCUCUCAACAUUCUGUUCCUUCUGGUCCCGGCCAUCAUGGGAAGCCACGAGGUCCCUCUAGAUAUGUGCAGGGUGGAAAUCCUAGUGGGGGACGUAAUCGUCCUAACCGUGGAAAUCAAGGUGGUGAUAGAGGCUAUGGCAGUGGCCCGUACAUGCAGCAUGGACGAGGCCAAGGAUAUGGUUCAAGUGGCAUGCCAGUUGCCGGCCCACGAGGUGGUACUUCAGGUGGUUAUGAUGGUGGUCGAAAUUACCAGCAAGGUGGUCCUUAUGAUGGUUCCGGUGCUGGCCGAGGAUCAAACAUGAUGGGCAGGAAACAUAAUCAGCCGCAUGGUUGGCAGCAGUAAUCUUACAGAGUCCCAACAGGAAACAGAAUUUGAUGCUUUGCAAUGAGCAUUGGGCUACAAGAGCUGCCGUGUUUUGCUUGCAAAUACUCUGGUGACUGAUGGUGAUGACAACCCCUGCAAUUUCAGUGAAGCUGAGAUAUAGUCUGGUUAAAAAAAAUUGCAGGAGCUUUUGGUGAUUGAUGUACUGGUGUAGGUUAUUUUGCACAAUCAGGGAGUUCUGGAGUAUAUGUCGUCAUGUUGAUGUAUUGAUGAUUCUCUUUUUGGUUAAUGAGCUUUAUGUGAGAAGAUCCAUGCCCUUCUGCAUC